UUGUUUAAUAAAGUUGUUCGUUUCUCCUAAUUUCAGAAUGUGGUGGCUUCUGCUAUCACUGAUAUGGUGGUGCGGAACGGCAGCAGUUCCGGCCCCGGGACCGGAAACGUCCGUCUGGACGUGUCCGGAGAUCGACGAUCAGCCCUUCGUCGAAUGCAGCUGUGAUAUGCCACAUACGUUACGAUGUACUGGUAACGAGGACGCCCUUCAGUUUAUAGGGAAGAAACUAAAGUCUCUGAAGACGGCGUACGUAUCGCUGCUGGAUUGCACCGUGCAGAAUGUGAGCAGCUUGCAGGGCUCGUUGCUCGAAGGUGUGGCCCUCCACGGUCUAGUCGUGUCUUCGGGCGAGCUGCGGGAGAUCGCGCCCGGCGCCUUCCGAGGUUUGGCUGCUCCUCUUCAGGCGCUCGGUCUACCCAACAACCGUCUAACCGCUGUUCCCACGGCAGCACUCGAGAAUCUACCGGAACUGGACAGAUUGGAUUUGUCCGGAAACCGGAUGAAAGCAGUCGAUGCGGAUGCUUUUAAAGGCCUUCACAACUUGUCCUUUAUCGAGUUGAGCGAUAACGCCUUAACUAGGAUAUCUCCUAAUGCUUUCGGUUCAGCGAGACAGCUUCGCGUCCUUCGUCUUCGAGGGAAUCGUUUGACCUUGCCCACAAUCACAGGUCUCGUGGGUCUGAACACUGUGGAGGAACUUGAUUUAUCGUUGAAUUCGCUAAUUGGUCCUCUGGGGCCAAAAACGUUCCCAAUGAUGGGCAGCCUGAACAACCUGCAGAUGGGAUACAACGGUCUGAGUAGUUUGAGGAUGGGUUCAAUGAAGGGUUUGGGUAAUCUCACAUCGCUACUGCUGCCCCACAAUCAAAUCGACGUUCUAGAGGACAAUGCGUUCAUCAACUUAGGGAAUCUGAUGGUAUUGGAUUUGUCGCAUAACAGGAUCGUCGCUGUUAGUGGAGCGUCGUUGGCUCACCUGGUGAAGCUGGUGGAACUCAACUUGCGGCACAACUUUUUGAGGGCUUUGACCGCGGAUCUGGUAGUGCCUCUGAGGAGUUUGAAGCGAUUACAUUUGGAUGAGAAUGAUAUCUCUAUAGUGGCAAGCGAUGCGCUGAAAGAGUCUGAGAUUUUGACCAGAUUAACGCUAGCCGAAAAUCCGUUGAACUGCGAUUGCAGUUUGGCGGAGUUCGCCAUGUGGUUGGGCAACUCCAGUCUAGGAGUGGAUGAUAAAGGGAGCGCUGUUUGCGCGACUCCACCUCCUCUAGAAAAUGGACUGCUGAUGAACGUGUCAUUGAAGGAUUUGUUAUGCGGAGAGGACGAAAUCGAAGCGGCACCUGUGUCGGCUCCAAUUAAGGACGGGAUCAACUUGCAGAGCUUCAAUUACGAUGGGAGUAACGUGAUCCUGCAGUGGAGCGUGGACAAGUCGGCAGCGCCGUAUGGCUGUGACGCGAUCUUCGUGUACGAGGAAGAAGGUCCCAGUGAAGUCCUCUUAGAGUCGAUCCCUUUGAAGUGCAAUUCCACGCAAUCCCCAGAUCCGAGAAGCCUGACAGUGACUGUUCCAAACUCGACUAAUCUUCAGCCCGGUCACCGGUACAGGUACUGCAUUGUACUUCUGGAAUCGGAGUCCUACUCGGAUGACCUGUCCGUAGUGUUAGGGUGCUCGGACGUCUUGCCUCUAGUACAAAAUGUCCGCGUGCUGCCGCGGACGGACUUCUCAUUGAAGUCACCACGCGUCAUCUCCAUACAAGCGAACUUGAGUAGCUACGGAAACUUAGCGAUUAGUGUCAACGUCGUUCCCAUGGCAACCUGCGAGGUGAACCUGGCCGUCUUGGAGCAGGGAUCUCUACUAUCGCAGAAGAGAGUGAACUGCUCUGAUCCCAAAUACACGUACGUCGGGUUGCAGAGGGGUCCGUACAGGGUGUGCGCUAAUGUCGUCCCCGAAUCGGGCAACAAACCCAGGUGCGUGACCGUGUACAAAGGAGAACCGCACGGGGGUGGCGGUAUUACCGGUCUGGAUGUAGCUUUCGUCACAGUCUUCCUGAUACUAUGUAUCAUGGUCGUAGCCCUCAUCUGGGGCGUGCGGAAGGUUCUGCUCAGACCUAAAUUGACUACGCAUCAGUGCUUCAUGCCACCCGAAUUCGAAGAUGAACAGCAACACAACAGAUACGUGAAACUUCAGGCCACGACCAAACUCUGUUUAAUUGCGAAAAUGCUCUUAAUUCUCGUGUUCAUAGUAUUGGUCGCAAAUUGCGACGGAAAAUUUUACAAAACAAACAUUACAGAUUUUAAAAAAUGCCAUGUAUAUUAUUCACGGUUUGGUAGUCUGUAUAAGGACUUCUUUCACAUCAACGAUCAGAAUCAAAGUUCCGUGGACAACGAGACGCUCUUUGAUUUCCAUUUCUCGGUUUUGGCCAUCCGAGAUGCUCAUAUAUUGCUGUCCCCGUCAUCAGUUAUAUCAACCAAAGAUCCCGUCUACGAGAUUGUCAUAGGUGCUGGGGGAAAUUCAUUUUCGGACAUAAGAAGACAACAGAAGAGCCAAGUCAGAGCGUCUAUCCGCAGAAAUGGUUUGCUUUCUGGCAUCGACGAAAGAUCCUUCUGGAUCCACGUAUAUAAAGAUGGUACGAUCAACGUGGGCAUCGAGGGAGAAGAACUGCCAUUUAUAGCUUGGUUAGAUCCGGAUCCGCUUCCCAUACAGGUCUUCAGCUUCGCCACUUUCGGAGACACCGAAGCCAAAUGGUACUUCAAUUGUCCAAGAGAGAACACAACCAUUGAAGAAGUGAAACACGUGCUCACGGACGUAGAGCAAUUGCGGAAGCAAUUGUUAACUGAUUACAAUCCUUUUGUCAGGCCCGUCUACGAUAUUCAAAAAAAGACUGCGGUUUCCUUUAAAUUCUCAUCAAGUUUUAUAUCUUUGGAUGAAAUUAAUUCUGUGAUGAACGUUAAAGGAAUUGUAGAAAUGACAUGGAUGGAUGAAAAAAUUAGAUGGGAUCCUGAGGAAUAUGGAAAUAUCACCAAUCUACACGUUCACCACGGAGAAGUGUGGAAGCCAGAGAUUAUUAUAUGGAAUUCGGAAUCACCGGAGAAGAUGUCUGCAUUCCACAGUUCACUUGUGUCGGUGACUAAUCAAGGAAUAGUGAGAUGGUCACCGUCAGUUGAUGCUUACACCUUAUGCGACAUAAGCGAUUUAAGUCAAUGGCCCAAAGACAUCCACAGUUGUGAUUUGGUGAUAUCGUUCAGAAAGCCAACUGAAAGCUUACAAAUUCAAUAUUCCAGCAGGAGCGACAUAUUAGGGAAAGGGUUUGCGAAUGGUUGGAUGAUUUUGGAUGGCACCGCGACAACGGAACAGGACAAGCUUUAUAUAAGCAUCAAGUUGCAGAGAUCUUCGAAUCUAUACAAAGAAGCACUAUUCACGCCUUACUGGGUGAUUGCCACGAUGGGACUAUUAACAUUCUGCGCAUCACCAAUUGGAAGCACCAAAAUGACUUUCUGCUGCGUUCAGUUAAUUCUAACUGUCGUAACUUUAAUUGCCACGGCCUUAUUAAUCCCAGGACACCCCGGCAAAUUGCCUUUUUUGGUGUUCCUGUAUAGCAAGGGUCUUGCGGAUAGCGUAAUCUGCGUGUUUCUGUCGGUGGUGGUCAUCAAUUUGGCUAGGAACGAGAAGUCAAGGAAUCCCUCGCAUUGCGUAACGACCGUGCUGAAUUCCUAUCUCUUGGAAUGUCUGUGCCUCUUGCCCAAACUGGAGGUUGAUAUCACCUACAACAAGGUUGAGAAGAAACUGGAGCGAGAGACCAAAGUGCAAGAAACUUGGAUGAAAUUGGCCAACCUUAUUGAUCGCAUCGCCUUUAUCAUUUACCUAAUCUUGCAUUUGACCAUUUUUUUCAUUAAAUAUUAAUACCCAAAGAAUAUAUAACAUUUCAACCAUUUAAC